AUGGAAGUUCUUAGCUAUGAAGCGUACACUGUCGGGAUCGUGUGCGCUCUAGAAUUUGAGAUGAGUGCUGUCCGCUAUAUGCUAGACAAAGAGCAUGCCCGUUUGCCUAGACAGCUUGGCGACUCAACUCUGUAUAUCCUCGGAGAGCUCAGUGGCCACAAUGUGAUCCUUGCUAGCCUUCCGGGCAGUCAGGGGAAGAGCGCGGGAGCCGCGGUCGCGAAGGAUAUGGCGCGUACGUUUCCAUCGAUCGAGCUACGCUUGAUGGUCGGAAUCGGGGGAGGCGUACCGAGCGUAAAGAAUGAUAUCCGCUUAGGCGACGUUGUUGUGAGUAUGCCUGAUGGCCAGCAUGGCGGUGUGGUUCAAUACGACUUGGGUAAGAGCACGGACGAUGGCAUCGUCCUAAAAGGAUUCCUUUGGCCGCCAUCAGAGAUUUUAAGAAGUGCUGUGUCUAUUAUGCGGUCUGAUCAUAGGAUCUCGCAAAGCAAGAUCCCCGAGUUCAUAUCGGCUCUGUUUCAGAAAACCGACGAACUUCGGCUUUCGUAUCAGCGGCCUGUAGAGCCGGAUGAGCUCUUCCAGCCGGAAUAUCGUCAUAUUUCUCACCAAGCAACCUGUCAGCUCUGUGACAAGACGAAACUGGUCCAUCGUCAACCCCGGAAGCCGAUUCCCAAGAUUCACUAUGGGCUCAUUGCUUCUGGAGAUCAAGUCAUAAGGAGCGCGUCUAAUACGGCAGAAGUAAAUAGGAGGGUAGGUGGUGAUAUCUUAUGCUUCGAAAUGGAAGCGGCGGGCAUCGCGACGGAAUACUCGUGCAUCACCAUCCGGGGCGUCUCUGACUAUGCAGACUCUCACAAGAACGACGCCUGGCAGUAUCAUGCUGCCGCUACCGCUGCUGGCUGCGCUAAAGAGCUCCUUUCAUACGUCGACCUGCCGCAGCCUUCCACCACGACUGAAGCCCUUAGUCGGCAUAGGUCUGACUUAUUCACCGACAGCGGUCUAGCUGCGCAAUCUAUCUUUCGCGGUCGAGGAGUUCAAAACUCGGGCUCUGGCAAUAUCUCCAUAGGAAAGGAUUUGAACAUCGGCAAAAAUUAA